AUGGUCCUCUCUCCUCGCAUACCGUUCUUCUCUUCUUCUCCUGCACAAGCACCAGCUCCCGUCGUAGAAUCACCUUCUUCAUCAACACCACCCAUACAUCGAGCUAUGGAUGCAGCAGCAGUUCCAUCAACGCCAUCCAAUACCAUACCACUAUCUCCAUUAUCCGACAAGAAUAUACGAGUGCUCCUCAUCCCACAUAAAGACCCAACCAGAACAACACCUUCAUCAGCAUUCGAUCCCGUCGAUCGUGAAUUAGUCGACGGCGUGGUCCUGAAACUUGGACGACAAGUCCGUUCACCAGCUAAUGCUCCAACGAAUACCGGUGCUGGUUCACUGUCAUCUCCUACUCCUGCUACCGUCGCUGCUCCUUCGGUCGUCGCUGAUGGAACUCUUCAACAACCACCCUCACCAGGCGCUAUUCUGGCUGGCAAUGUCAAUAGUACACCAUCAAAUCAAGAGCAACGAGGUGGCAAGAUUAUCGAUAAUAUCUGGUUCAAGAGCAAGGUUGUCAGUCGAAGUCAUUCUGAGAUGUGGGUCAAGGAUGGACAGCUAUAUAUAAAAGAUGGUGGAAGUUCUUCAGGUACCUUUUUGAACAGGAUGCGUUUGAGUCCAUCUGGCAAGGAAAGCCGACCAUACCCUCUCAAAGAUGGCGAUAUCAUUCAACUCGGUGUCGAUUAUGGUGGCAAAUCUGAAGAAAUAUACAAGUGUGUGAUUAUGAAGAUUUCCAUCAACAGCCACAGUCUGUUUGUCCAACAACGAAAAAAGGAAAACCCAGCCAGGUUCCGAACAGCAUUGAGGCAACUGUUGACUGCCACAAACCCAUAUUCGACAUCCAAAGACUCUCCAACAUCACCCAGUCAAACUGCUACCGUCGAUUGCUGCAUCUGUCUCUGCACCAUUGGCCCAUUCCAAGCUCUCUUCCUGGCACCAUGCUCACAUUGCUACCACUACAAAUGUAUACGAUCUCUACUCGCAGAAUGUGUCAUGUUUCAAUGUCCCUUAUGUCGACAGGUCGCCAAUUUGGAAGCCAGUGUAUCUAUGGAAUCGUUAUGUGACUUGGCAGCCGAAGACCCAGUCGAAAAGGAAGAUGCUGCCAGCAUCCACGACUCUGACGAGCAAGGAAAUCAAGAUGGUGUUGUGGUAAAUAAUAAGGAAGGGAUUGCCGCAGUUGACGCUACAACACAACUGCAACGAUUGUUGGCUACGGUCAAGGCAGUGCCUCCAGCAAACGAUGACCAACGACGUAUUCUGGAAGAUUUGGAAUCUCAGUUGGCGUCACUCAAGAUUCGUAUUGGUGAAAGGGUUGGUGAGUCCUCCGGAGAUGCCAUCAACUGGAGUGCUCAAACUGACAGCUCAUCUGGAUUGGCAAGGAGCAUGCACAAGAACCAUACAUUUGUACACGAAGGUGGUGUUGAAUCUACAGACACAGAGACAGAUGCUGAUUUAUAA